AUGCGGCAACUUUCUAAUAACGAUGCAGUAGCAAUGUUGCGUAUCGUACCAUCCCUACGACGCAGAUAUCAUGUUAAUGUCGGAAAGAUAAGUUGGGAUGACAUUGGAAGUUUAGAGGAUGUAAAAAAGAAAUUAAGGCAGGCGGUCGAAUGGCCCAUAAAAUAUCGUCAUACAUUUGAAAGAUUAGGUUUAAAACCACCAAAUGGAAUACUAUUGUAUGGUCCACCUGGCUGUAGUAAAACGACUCUGGCUAAGCGUUCAGGAACGUGUUUAUUGAAUGAAAUGGAUGGUAUUGAAGUUGCCGCAUCAGUACUUGUCGUGCUUUUAAAUAUGCCUUUAAAUGAUGAUUUUGAUUUAAAUUUGAUUGCCAAGCAGGCAGAAUUAUAUACAGGUGCAGAUUUAAAGAACUUGUGUAGAGAAUCAGCGAUAAUAUCAUUACGUGAAACGGGAACAACG